AUGACACUAAACAACAGCCUAUACUCGGCACUCGGUACUACUCUGGUUCUUGGAAUGGUACAGUUAGGGGCAAAGGGAAAAGCAUUUUUUGAGAUAAACAAAGUUCUGAAACUUCAAGAAAAUGAAGAUGGUGAAGAAUUCUCUGUGCUCCAGACACUAGUCUCUGUCACCUCAGAAAAAAAAAAAGAAUUUACAUUUAAUCUUGCCAAUGCCCUCUACCUUCAAGAAGGAUUCAUUGUGAAAGAACAGGAUCUCCAUAGCAACAAGGAAUUUUUUCAGACUGCUAUAAAACUGGUGAAUUUCCAAGACACAAAAGCUUCCACAGAAGCCAUAAGUACCUGGGUGGAAAACAAAACAGAUGGUAAACUAAAAAAAAUUGUUUCAAGUGAAUAAUUUGAUCCUCUCAGUAGGUUUGUUCUGGUGAAAGCUAUUUACUUCAAAGGACACUGGAAACAGAAAUUCAGACCAGAAGCUAUGCAGGAGAUGGUUUUAAUGAAAGAGGAUGGUUCUGUAACAAAGAUGCCAAUGAUGUAUUUUCAACUGAGAACAAAGAUUGCAUGACUUCCUGCUUCUUUUCCAGGCCAUUUUUCUGACAAUAAGGUGAGCUACCAGGUUUUGAAAUUGUCUUAAAAAGGAUUAGUUCAGCUUAGUUUUAAACACUUCCUUCAGAAGAUGUGACUACUAGAAGUAGAAAAACUAAUUACAUCUCAUCUGAAAAGACUAGUUACUGAAAUGCAGGAGGUGGAUGUAGAAAUACGCCUCCUCAGAUUUAAAAUAGAACAGAAAAUGGACUUCAAAGAAAGUCUGCAUUCUCUCAGUGUAACGGAGAUAUUUAAUGGUGGUUGCGACCUUCCUGGAAUAACAGAGUCACUUGACCUAUACAUUUCAGAAGCCACUCAAAAAGUUUCUACUGAGGUGAAUGAAGAUGGUAGUGAAGCUGCAGUGUCCACCCAUAAGUUUGAAGGAUGGUUGCUGGAACCUGAAAUAUUUUGA